AUGCCAAGCUUUGUCAAUCUCCUAACUAGUCAACUAAACCCACAUACCAUUGAGCUUGGAUCAUCAGAACUACCUCGGUUUAGUAGCCAGUGUUCUGAUGAUCCAGGUCCACCAACUGAAGACCGCAAAGAAAGGAGGAAGUGGAGUCCUAAGGAGGACCUAGUGCUGAUCAGUGCUUGGCUCAACACAAGCAAAGAUGCAGUCAUCGGAAACGAGCAGAAGGGUGGAGCAUUUUGGAAAAGAAUCCAGACGUAUUAUAACAACAGUCACCAGCUGCUUGGUGAGAAACCGAGAGAGUGGAAACCUCUCAAACAACGGUGGAGCAGGAUUAAUGAGCUUGUUUGCAAGUUUGUUGGUUGUUUUGAGGCUGCGAAGAAGGAGCAAAGAAGCGGUCAAAAUGAGAAUGAUCUCAUGAAGGCAGCUCAUGUGAUAUUCUAUAAUGACCAUCAGAUCAAGUUUACUCUUGAACAUGCUUGGCGAGAGCUUCGCCAUGACCAAAAGUGGUGCUCAACACCAGCUGUGAUGGAUCUUGGAAGUGCUAAAAGGAGAAAGGUGGACGAGGGUUUAGCUCAGCCACAAGAUGCUUCAACGGUUAGACCACCGGGUGUGAAGGCUUCUAAAUCUGCUAAGGCUGCACCGCAGACAAGCGGUAAGGAGGCAGAACAGGCAUAUGCAAACUUCUCGGGAGCCUGGGAAAUGAAGAGGAAGGACAUGGAGAUGAAGGCUUAUGUUUCAAGACACAAAAUGCUAGAGAAUCUGCUAGCAAAAACUGAACUUUCAGAAACGGAAGUGGCUUUUAGGGAUAAGUUAAUUAGAGAAAUGAUGUAA